CCUCUCAAAUAAUUAUUAUUUUAAUUAAAAAAUCCAUCUUAUAGGUACUCGUAAGUGUUUAUUACUGUGUUAAUCAAGCUUAAAGUUACAAUUAUGCCGAAAAAGCGAUAUAGUGAUGAAGAUAUUGAGUCCUACGUAGAUCGGAAAAUGAGGAAGAUCGAAAGAAAGUUACGGAAGAGGCGAGCACACCGUCUUCGCUCAUCUUCACAGGAUUCGUUAAAAAUCUUAGACGAACCUCACAGAACCCACCCUGGUGAAGAACGCUCGUCAUCUCUCGCGCUAACUCAUCAACCUAACGAGGCCGCACAAAAUAUAGACCACCAUGUCGUGGAUGACGCCCCACUUAAUGACGUGGUCAAUAUAUCGGAGCAACCUCCAGAUUUAUCAGCUUCUAUUCUCCCUGAUACUGCAGCGGCGGCCGCGCAAGUAGCGGACAACGAUACAGUUGAGGAUUCUCUUCCUGAUGACAUUUUAGAAAUAUUAGGGGAAGCCCCCAUAAACGAUAAAAAAUUUGGCCCACCCUUGAAUUCAAAUCUAGCUAUCAGGUGGGAGCAUACAGCGACGAAUGGUCUCUCUAAGGAAGCUAGAAAACAGAUUCUUGAUAAACAUUCUAUCCCACAAAACUGCAAGAAUAUCGAUGCUCCUGCUCUCAAUCAGGAGGUAAAAGCAGCUUUAUCUGAGGUUCUCAGCAAGAAAGAUAAAGCUAUCGAAAAUAAACAGAAGCAAAUCGCAUUGAUAAUCGCUUGUGUAGGAGAUGCCCUUUCACAGAUUUUAUCCACCGAUAGUACAAACAUAUCGCUUAUUAAAUCAUUAACUGACGCCGGUAAACUAGCCUGUGACUUGCAACAUACAGAAUCCAUGAUUCGUAGGAGUUUUGUCUGUUCUUCAAUCAAAAAAGAAAUAAAAGAUCACUUGUACGAAGCAAAAAUUGAUAGCCAUCUUUUUGGUAGCCAACUGGGUGACUUGUUAAAGGCGGCAAAAGCGAUUAAUAAAACAGGUGCAGAAAUGAAGACUGUAGCACCUAUACCUGGACCGUCAAGAAGAUUAACCAAUCAGACGCAGAAUUUAAACUCGCGGCGCCCACUUCCACCCAUGAGCAGGCAGACGGGAGUUGCGGCGAGACGUUCGACAGCGCCUGCUCCGACCCGACCGGAGUACCCGCGCCAACAGCGUCGCGCCCCACCGCCGCCGCGGCCGCAGCCGAGCGCACCCUACAGGCGCUCACAGACCCACGCACCGCACCGCCGAUAGAGCCGACCUCCACCUCCACGGCUUACCCUGGCUGCAGGCAGAUUGUCAGGACGGCACUUCUAAGAAGAGGCAUCCCGACUGCUUCUAUUGAUAUAAUGUACGCUUCACUUUCCAAUAAUACCAUGAAGCAGUAUGAUACAGGUUUGAAAAGAUGGUUCCUUUUUUGCCAAUCUCACAGUGUUGAUUUAUAUGAAGCUUCUGUCCCUAAUAUCAUAUAUUUUCUUACGAAGCAAUUUAAUAACGGGG